AUGGGUGCUAAUGAAUCAAUGGAAGAAAUGAUGGCUAUGGAAAAUUACCAAUGGUAUGCAAAAUUCAUGAAAGAAUGCCCAUCUGGACAACUCACCAUGUAUGAAUGCAAGAACAUCCUUGGUCUUGAAAAUUCAACUACCCUGGCAAAUAAUUAUGUUGAGAAAGUAUUCAAUAUUUUUGAUACAAAUAAGGAUGGAUUUAUUGACUAUUUGGAGCUUUUAGCUGCUAUAAAUCUGGUGAUACGUGGGAAAAUUGACCAAAAAUUGAAAUGGUAUUUUAAACUUUAUGAUAUUGAUGGGAGCGGAACAAUUGACAAAAAAGAAGUAAUAAGCAUAUUAAUGGCUAUUCAAACCAUCAAUAACAACCAAGACAUGACUCCUGAAGAAUUGACAAACCUGAUUUUUCAGAAGAUAGAUGUAAACAAUGAUGGGGAACUGACCUUAGAAGAAUUCAUGAAUGGAGUGGAAAAGGAUGAACAUUUCCAGAAAAUUAUUUCAAAGAGCUUUGAGCUCUCCAAUGUACUGAAAAUUAUACAAAGUGAGAGAAGACACAGCAUCUGA